GCUUUCCACAUAAGCAGGUUUCCCAUAAGCGUCCCUCCAGACCCCGCCAGGUUACCGAUGGAUCAACAACUCUUCAAGUAAACAUCACUGGAAGUCCAGAGUAAGGUGGGCCAUGGGUCCGGCGUGGGAACAUCGACGACGAUCGUAACUGAAGUGUUCGGCGGAGCCAGGGCACGAUGAGCGCAGGGUACAAAGACUGACACGUGAUCUACCUGGUGCUUGAAAGAAGUACUGAAGAAAAAGCAGGUAUUCGAUCAAACACCCGUCAACACGUAUACCGUCACAGCGAGGGCUCCCAGGGAGGUCACCUUCUUGCACACGGUUGUAACGCGGAAUAAGAGACCAUGACGACCGUUACGACAAAUAAAUCAAAGCUGGAGCUCCACAAACUCCUUGAACGAGCAGACCUCCUGUCCUACUACUACGAAUUCAUCGAGAUAGGCGGGGACAAUGUUCAGCAGCUUUUUGACUCGACGGCGGAGGAUUUCCAGGAAGUAAUUGACCUUGUUGAUAUGGCCAGAAAGCCAUUUCACGUCAAGAGACUGAAGAGAGCACUGGGCCAGUGGACAGGACAGUCAGUCGCGGUAGCGUCCAGUGCGGCCGACGAAUCAGAAGGCGAAGUUCACGAAUUACUUCGAGAAGCGGAUCUUCUCUCCUACCACGACAAGUUCAUCGAACUAGGCGCAGACAAUGUGCAGCAGCUUUGUGACUCAACCGACGAAGAGUUCCGGACACUCGCCGAGCGCGUAGGCAUGGCCAGAAAGCCCCUUCACGUGAAAAGAUUGAAGAACGCACUCAAACAGUGGUCAGGCCAUGCAGCCGUAAUGACGUCCAUUCCUUCAAACGAGUCGGAGCGUGAAGUUCACGAACUGCUUCAGCGAGCGGAUCUCCUCACCUACUACGACAAGUUCAUCGAGAAAGGCGUAGACAAUGUCCAGCAGCUUUUUGACUCGACGGCAGAAGAGUUCCAGGAGUUCAUGGAUCUUGUUGGCAUGUCCGGAUUUCCUUUUCAACUGAUGAGGUUCCAGAACGAACUGGAACAGUGGACAGGACACCCAGUCACAAUGACGUCCGUUCCGGCAACAAAACCGAGACUAUCGGAGAUUCACCACCUCCUUGAACCAGCGGGUCUCCUCUCCUACUGCGAGAAAUUCGAGGAAAUAGGCAUGGACAAUGUGCAGCAGCUUCGCGACUUGACUGACGAAAAGUUCCACGAGGUCAUCAACCGGGUAGACAUGGCCAUGAAGCCGUUUCAUGUAAAGAAACUCAAGAAGGUACUCAAAGAAUGGACGGGGCCCGCAGGAAUUUAUCUCUUCAUCUCCAAAGAUAUGGCUUCGACAUCUGAAUUUGAUCUCAACACGGAAAGGUCGUCACAGUGGGAAGGCAUCAGGAAGGAAAUGCACGAAGCCAUUGCGGAGGAAGACGAGGCUCGUGUUCUAAAGUUCCUGGAUGCCGUGCCUGCAUUGAAACUGUGGUUGGACCCUGUUAAAGAAAAAUCAGCUCGCUACAGAGCUGUUAAAAAGAAAGCCAUCCAUAUACAUGGCCUCUUAGUCUCGCGUGGAUGUGGACUCAAGAACGACAAAGAAGCAUCGUAUUAUCGAUAUCUGACAGGCGUUCAUCGAGCUGAAAUUCGACGGCAACGAUACUACACCAAAGAAUGCAAAGAAUCCUACAUCUAUUACUUGAAAAGCACAUCAGGGAGCGUCGGAUGUGAUGACUUCGAGGAGCGAUUGGAGAAGAUGUUCAGGGAACUUUCAACCGACCAAUUAAACGAGAAAAUAUUGAAAGUUGUUGCCACAGCACCGCAUCUGGAUAUACUAUUCGACUACAACAGUGAAAACGUUCAGGGGAUCACGGGGUGCAGCGGCAGCGGCGUCCGCGGACUUGCUCAUUACGAAAACCAAAGAAUUUAUAUCGGAGGCGGAGCAACGGAAGCUGAAGUCCGGGGCACGUUUAUUCACGAAUCUUGUCAUUUGGCACUUCAUCUGGUGUAUAAAAAUGACGGCAAGCCAUAUUUCCGCGAAGAUACCGAAAUGAAACGGAGAUACAGAGCCAUUCUGGAUGACAUAAAACGAAGAGAAAAUGAUGUGGAUCUCUUGAUCCGUCAAGCUUUUAUCGAAAAUGAAGAACAAGAAGCGAUUGUACGUAUCCCACACAAACUAACUCAAUAUGGCAACGAUCGUGGAAAUAGGGUUCUCGAAAAGGAGGUACCGGAACUACGAAAGUUUUUCGAGGAUACUGUCAUACCGGACAUGCAGAAAUACAUUCAAAAUGGAAUCCCAUCGAUAGAUGCGAGAAUGAUAGAAAGGGAAAACGCGAGACUCAACAAAGCUUUCAACAUUGACAAACUCAAUGUCAAUUUCGAGAACGAACUGAAGAACAGUGUCUGGGAAAACGGGUUGCUUCACGUAGUUACGGGCCCAGAACUGAGGCUUCUCGAAAUAAUGGUUCACAACGCUGUGCGAUCUACGGGACUUCCGUACAUGUUUUUCGAUGCAAAACAGCUGGACUCCGCACUGGAGGAUGUGUUACUAGACUACAAAUAUGCUUUUGCGCUUGUAACGGUCCAACAAAACAGAAAAGUCACAAAGAUGAUUAAGCUUUUCAGUGAAGUAUCCUGUGUCACGGGAUCAAAAGUCAUCUUGCUCGUGGAAGACAGUGGCAAAGACUACAUGAUGAAACAAGUGCAAGAAGAUGCAUUCUUUGGCGAGAGGCACAAAGUUCACAGGAUCGACGAAGCAAGCUUUGAGCACGUCACAUUAAGCUGCAAAAAACGAGUUUUCGAAAAUUCCCACCUAAAACUUCAGGGCCAAGAUGUUUCUACGUUUUCGGACGCAACGACUAUAGAUACCUUAUUACGUCGCGUUGACACUGCCGUUUUCCUAAAGCUAUGUGAGUCGGGGAACAUUGACCUGGGACCUCCUCUUCAUGAACUAGAAGAACGUGUUCAGAACUAUUAUGUGGAAAGGGAGUGUAGAAAAGCCGUGGAAAUUAACUUGAAAGAAUGCAAUCUAAAAGACGACAGUGAGGCAUUCGCAUUUCUGGGCUGUCCACACAAUCAGGUCGCAACACUUCUACCUCACGGUUGUAUGGCAAAGGCCAAGGAGGAAUUAACGAAGUUCGAGAAAUUCGUACUCCUCCAAGAGCCACGUGACUACGAAGCUCUCCUGGAAGAUGGUCAUUUCCGAAACAAAGUAGUGCACCUGCUAAAGUUCAACGAAUCACGUAAUAGACUCUUGUGGACGAAAUCGAAUGGUCGUCUCAGUCACCUUCCAAUGACGGGAAGUGAGAGUUACACCGAGGACGCCUUGUUAAACGUAAACGAGAAGGUUGUCAUAGUCUCUGGCGCACCUGGUAUGGGAAAGAGUGUGUUGGCAUCUCGGUUGUGUACACAGUUAAAAACUCAAGACAAGAAGCGGUGGGUGCUCUACGUCGACCUUCUUCAGAGAAUGGCAUCGGUUAAAACUGCGUCGCCUAGUCUAGCGGAUCUGUGCCAAGUACAAAGAGGUGGUCUGGAGUUCGUUUUGUUCGAAGAAAGCUUGAAGAAUGGUAGCCCUUUCGAGGUCGUUGUCACCUUGGAUGGCUUCGAUCAAGUCAAUGAGAAAUGUCGCAAGUAUGUGUUGGAACUUAUAUCGUUUCUAGCUAACAGAAAAGUUUACAAGCUGUACCUUUUUACUCGCACUGUGUUUAAACCUUAUGUACAAGAUGCCUUGCACACAGUGUCAUAUGAUCUCGUUCCUUUUUCUGAUGAAAACCAGAAUGAAUUCCUCACAAGAUAUAGGGCCCAAAGAGAAACUCCAGCGACCAGCAAUGAGGCAUUUGUGCAAAAAAUCCAGCAACUGUACGCGACAUUGAAGGAGAAAAACAAGACAAUCCUAGAAACCCCUCUCCUACUUCGUAUGAUGGCUGAGAUGGAGAGCGGGGAAAUUACCAAGUCGGACGAUUACUCUUCAUUGCUCAAAAUUGUUGACAUUUCCGGUGGGAGCAGUAUAUACACUGUACACAUCUACAAGACGUUUGUCGAGUACGAACACCUUGUGCACCGAAAAGAGAAGGUGAAGGAAGACAUCUACCGAAGUGCUGUGCGAGGGGACAACCAUGACGCGAAGUCUCCAUUCUACGUAAACCAUGGUCUCCUGGCUAUGAAGUGUAUAUUUCCUCAGGAUACCUUGGAAAUAUUAUUGAAUGAAGACGAAUUAGACCAGUUAGAUCCCGAAGGAAGUUUCAUCACCGGCGUUGAUUCUUUCAAAGAAGGUUUUGUGAAUAGAAUUAACGAUCGACGAAUUCCCCAGUUCGUUCAUAAGACCUUCGCUGAAUUUUUCGCAGCUCACUACCUGUUGGAAAGGGCAAAAAGAAGAAAAAAAUCCAGGUUUAGGGAAAACGUUGUCGCAUUGUAUUGUAAAGAAGAGUACGAGGUUGUAAUGAUGUUGUUCGAUGAACUGGCGUCGGCGUCCCAUCCACUUCACUUAGCUGUGAUGAACAACGACGCUUCAUAUUUUGAGCAACACGUUAUCCAAAGAGAGGACAUAUUGAAGGUGGAUGAGCUCAAAAGGACGCCAUUGCACGUAGCAGCCUUGCAUUCUGAUCAAGCAACAUUGAAGAGGCUUCCAAUGGAUGAUGAACUAAUCAAGAUGGAUUUAUUUCAAAUGUCACCGUUUGGGUACGCGGAGCUGUGGUCUCCAUGGGAGGAAAAACACCAUGGAAUGUGGUGGGUACCUUCUCUGACUGAGACUUCACCUGUGAGACAGAGACUCAACGUAUUAUGCGCUCGAUGCAGUGAGGAAGCAGUGAAACGUUCUACCGAAAAUCUGCACACAUGUGGAACCUUCGAGCAAAAGAGACAUUUUCUUGAACGAGCAAUAUUCACGGCUGUGAUUUACGACCUACGAAGCGUUUUAGACGUCUACCUGAGCUAUGUGUCCCCGAAAGUGAGUACAGUAGAUCUAGACAGAGACACCAUGGACCAAUUAGAAUCACGCAAGGAACGAAGCUUGAGAUAUUCUGCAGAGCCUCAGGCAAUUGAAGAUCUCGAUGAUAUCAGGUACUGUGACAAUAGGACUGUUCCUUUUUACGCAAAGUCUGAGGUUGUUUGCAAAAUGCUCCUUCCUUAUUGCGAUAUGGGAAUUGUUGAUAAGGAUAGAAACACAAUGUUGCACAUUAGUGCGAAAGAAGGAAAUCUGGAGACAACACAGUUUUACCUCGCACAUUUAUCCGCUAACAAUGUAAACAGAUACUUUCAAACUCCUUUGCACUUGGCUGAAGAUACAGAGACAGUGAGGCUACUUCUUCCUCGUUAUCCCUCAGUGAAUGUUCUCGAUUAUGAGCAACACGCUCCGAUGGAUAUAUGUGCGGAGAGAGAUGAUUUGGAGGCCAUGAAGUUGUUACUCCUUCGCACUCGGACAUAUGACGCACAUCACUUGAGACUGAAGACAACGCUUCAUGUGGCUUCUGACUCUCAGUCCCUUAAAGCUUUGAUGUUUCUUCUACCCCACACAAAUGCGGACAUGCUUAACGACGAAGGAGAAACGUGCUUAGACGUUGCUAGGACAAGUUGGAAAUAUGGGAAGAGUUCGCAGUCCAAUGUUGUGAGGUGCCUCAUCCCACACUCGCUCGUAAACUCGCCUGAAACGUUCGGCUCAUCACCGUUAUACGUCUGGGCGGAAGGUUGUGGAAGGAAAGCUAUGCAAAGUCUGUGGCCUUAUUUGCGACACAGUGACCCUAGGCAUGCACAGAGUAUCAGCAGAAGCUCGGUGGAUGUGGCUCUGAAUGAGGAUUUCCAAGAAGAAAUUUGGUGUCUGAAACUUCUCUUCCUCCACUUAGAUGUCAUCGCUGGUGAUCCUUGUAGCCGUAAACUGCUACAUGAUGUGGCCAAGGACAAGCUACCCGAGAUAACAGAAGAACGUCUAAAUCUCAGUGAGCAGGAUUAUGUAGAGUGGAGCGAAGAAAGUGACGACAUUGUUACCUUAUAUCGGGGAUGGUCGAACAUGAAUAACAUCGAUGAUCCCCACAUUGACGAUGUCGACACGGAAAUGAUCGACGACGAUGACAAUACGGAGUUGCUCAGAGAAGCAGAGGAAGGUAAUGUGGAAGCUGUGGAACUUCACCUCUCCCCUUCAUCCGUGUGCUUUACAGAUAAACAAGAGAACACUGCAUUGCACUUGAGUGCGUGGAGGGGAAACACAAAUGUGGUGAAGCUUCUCAUUCCUUUUUAUACAUCAGUGGAUGUGAUCAAUGUGCGUCGAAAGACACCCAUGCAUGUCUGUGUCAGGAAUGGACAGCUGGACGUUGUAAAGUUAUUAUUACUCCGCUCAAGAAUGAGUUCCCGUGACGAGGAUGGAUGGACACCUUUUCACUGGGCCUGUGAAGGUGGUGCCGUUGAUAUCGUGAACUUCCUUCUUCCGCACUCGUUCCCUAAUACGCGCGACGUGGGCGGUUUCACAUGCUGCGCUCGUUCCGCGAUAAAAAGGAAUAUGAAUGUUCUGAGAUGCCUCAUCCCGCACUCUCUUAUAAACUGUCCUAAUGAGAGAGGCCAAUCACCAACGCGAAUCUGUGCACUAAUUUAUAUGAGAGAAGAGCUGGUGACAUUAUUGCCAUAUUCUUGUGAUCAUGACGCUGCGAGUUUAUUGAGGCCUCGCCCGCUGUCAUUUUGGAAUGACGAUAUCAGUAUGAAAACUAUGUUUUGUCUGAAACUUAUGGUUCUCCACUCAAAUGUCAGUGCAGUAGAUGAGUGUUUUCGUGAAACACUCGACGAUGUUAGACGGUCUUAUGCAAGGAGUGAUCCAAUCCUGAGAGAAGAGACUGAGAGAUCUCGAGACCUAAGUUAUAUUUCUGUCUUGCUUCCUCAUACAAAUGUUUCUGUUAAGCACCGUAAAGGAGGUCAAGGAGCCCUCCAAAGUAGCAAAGAUCCCGAAUUAGUUAGCUUCCUUCAGAAAUGGACUCGCUUGAGUGACUUUCGUUCACGACGCUGACGAUUGGCAACGGUCGUGGUUAAGUACCAAGUGGCACCGAGUUGUCAGUUGACACGAGCUCUGAAGACGAUAUCGCAGUUUUAAUAGAGCUUUCAACACAGUAUACUGAGACCUUGCCUUCAUCCGAGAAAGCACAAAUAUUCAUCCAGUGUCAAAAAUGAAACAAAACAUCACUUUUGUGGUGGCUGUGGAUAAAGCGUUUUUUUGUUCUUCUUGUUCCUUAUGUUACAAAGCACCGUUCCGUAGUACGUUCAUAGUGUGGUCAGAAAAUGUGUAAAAAAAUUAGUUUAUUCCUAUAAUGUGCUAGUUAUAUGAUUGGCUACGGUAUACCGAAGUAUUAGCGUACAGCUACAUGUGAAUAGGUUUAUAUAAAGUAUCUCACCUUUAAUAACUCUACUACAGCGAUUGAGCAUCAUUGAGCAUGAGUACUUUUAAAAAAAGUUGUUCAGUGUUAUACCUUUUAGGGUGAUUAUGGCUUGUCAUCGUUGCUCGAAAAAUGUGUGAAGUUGAAUCCAUCUAGCAGGGUGGGGACGCUUCAACACUGGAGAUAUAUGGGUCAGCGCCUCCUCUAUACUGGAAUGCCUGUCGCUUCCCCGCGUGCGCCCAUCUGAGCAUGCGCGGAAGAAAGGAGAACGACGGCAGCCCCGACAGAUGGCGACGUGCUCCGACACUCGCUCGACUUUGUCCGCCCAGCGCGUACGGCAAACGCAUCCAAGCAUGGCUCAUGCAAACACAUCGUGAUAUUAGACUGCGCAUGCAAGUAAAUUAGGCAUGACAGUUCCUAAAGAAUUCCAAAACAAAGCAACCAAAACAAUUUUAAUGCGACCAAAUCGAGCAUGACUGCACUUCAGCCUCAGAGCUUCAAGGGCUUGCGCGAAAGUGGUUUGUGCGUAUACAUUUUGACGAUACUGCUUCUGUCUGUGAAGUCAAUCGCGUAGUUUGACAUAAGAGGGCGCAUAAAUUUCGUGCACAGCAUCUCAAGAAGAAUCUUCCUGUGGUCUUUGUCUCUGUUCUCGCACAUGAGGACUGGGAGAUCCAUGAGCACGUCGACUGCAUUUCUGACUCCAGUUAAUAGAGGUUUCUCGAUUUUUUUCCUACGUUGUAGGAGAAUGUCCGUGUAUCGUUUCAGGCCCAUUAGAACACGGACGAGCUCUUGAGUGGGGUACAGUAGGCCUCCUCUGUCUUGGUGAGCAAUCAGCCCGUCUACAGCAGCAUUUGCAUUCGGCUUUUGCAUUAGUGCAAUACAGUUCUCACAGGGAAGUUUUUCGGAGAUGACACGAGCAACAUAACCGCCUAUAUAGGCGAUACUGGCAACAGUGGGAUUAGGGAGAUAGGGCACAGUUGAAAAAGCCAGCUCCCUCAGCAUUUCCUUAGCGUCAUGCAGGUGCUUGCUGAAGUCCUGUGGUGUGCUGGUUCUGCUGCUGCAGUAUGAGACCGUUGUUGUGCUAUGAAAACUCUCAGAGCUCUUCACAUUACUCUCUUCAGAAGAUGUCACAAUUCCAGCUUUUAGCUUUUUCUCAAUUCCACAGAGUACCGUCUUUACAUCCAUGGCAUCAUUGCACCCAGCUGUGCGACGUAGAAAUCCAAACAGAGCUUCUAUCGGGUCACUCGAAAAUUUUCUUGUUAGCACGAAGGCGAAGUGCUUCUGAGUCAGGAGGAAACGGAUGCAGCUUACAUUGGAAAGUGUUGUAAAUACCAGAGCAUGGUGUGUCUCUUUGGUGAAGAAAUUGUUUUGUGAACUUUCACACCUCAGCUUUUCCACAUAAUCAAGAAAUGUGGUCUCCAACCACAACAACCUUGGGUCGUUCACAUCCCUGAACUCUUUUGUAUCUGGGUAUUUUUGGUGGAUGUUCUGGGUGCAGUUGCUCACGUCCUGAAGCACGAACCACCUGCACAUGAUUUUCAUAAAUUUAAUGGUUGGCCCAGCAGAUGAAAAGAGUACGUCACAGGUGUGCCCAGCCUGGUCUUUCAUAUAGCUUAGUGCAGCCGUCACUUGUGAGGACAAUAUCUGCACAGCUGUCCGGACAUUCAUCUUUUCUAUGUUGGAAGGAUACAGAUGUUUUCUCGUUAAAAAUCUCACUGGCUUGACGAUUGACUGUUUCUGCGUUUUCUAUAGUUCCUUGAUGUACUGUGAGGAUAUCUGUCCAUUUGCACCGAAGUCUUUGGAAAGCAUCUGGGAGCGUACGUUCUUGAUUAUAUGACUCUGGUCGAACGCUAGAAACAGUUUUCGACUUGCAUCAACUGGAUGGGGAACACUGUGCCUCGCACGCCCACCAGACAAGAUGUCCAUGGCGUUGACAUUUACCUUAUGAUUGUCCGAUACUAGUCGCACGACUUCGAAUCCACACUCUUCCACUUUCUUUAUCACAUGAGUUGUUGUUUCUGCUAGCUGCGCGCCACUACAGCCGCGGGUAAAGAAAUACCCCACCAGAAUCUUGAAUUUUGUGGAUAAGCCACACAGCAGGAAGCACAAAAGAGAAUUGGCAAGGCUGUCGUCAGUGGAUCUGUGGAUGUGUGCCAAGUCCGUGCUCAUGUCCACAUCACCCAGAAAAGUGUCACACUGCUUGUGGUACUCCAACUUUUCUUUUAUCCGCAUCUCAUCAACAACAAGGCUACACAUUUUUGACUGUGUUGAUGUCAAACUUUGUACUUCGGCUUGUAAUCUGCUUUGGACCAAGGGGCUAAAAACGAUUUCACCAUAUGUAGUCCCUGUGUACUUCUGUAAUGUUGUCCUCGAUGGCAUCUUGAAGAGUUCGUCUCUUAUAUAUUCGUAGCCUUUGGAUGUCAAGGUUCUUAGAAUGACACAGUGACGCACAGUUGUUUCUGACCAAGUUGGCCGCUUUUUGCUGUAAUUCACAACUUGGUCUAGAAGGAGGGUAGCACGAACAUUCUUGUCUGCAGCAUCAUUCACGACACUGAGAAACGAGCUGACAUAGCAGUCCUCCUUUAACUUCCUCAGCUCCGACUUAUAUUUGUCCACGGUUUGUUCAAGGUGCUGAAUGUGGGCUCGUAGAUUUCUUUCUUUCUGGAGCAGCCUUUUCCUGUCAAAAUAUGAGGUUGACGUAUAAAGUGACGAAGCCUGUGUGCCAAAAGCUCUCAAUGCGUGAGGUGACUGGAGUUCACACCCAGCGCUGCUGCCGCCAGCACCCGCUGACGUGGAAUGGGGUACCUCAGCAAAUUUGCUCUUCUGAGGGGCAAAUCUGGUUUCUGUUUCAGUGGGCAGAGUUGUCAUGAGACUGGUUGCCUGAUCACUGGCUGGCGCACUGGCAGGCAUUGUCCCCUCCAGCUCACUGGAGAAGUCGUCCUUUUGCACUCUGUUUGCUUCAAUGGCUGAAAUCGGAGUCGCCGUGACAGUGGUCGUCGGAUUACUGUUCACUGCACUGACAGGCGUUCUCUCCAGCUGUUCACUGCAAAAGUCAUUUCGUGCUGUGUCACUCACAAGUGGGCCGGGCUUAGUGCAACGUGCGUCUGUAGUAGACGGAACACGCUUUCGCUUCCUGAUGCUCUUGUCAUCACGUUCAACAUGUGGAACCGGUUGCAGAUAUGCAGGAUAUCCAGGGAAAAUCGAAGGGAAGGCUCCUUACUUUAGCUGGCGGGUUUUGGUGUUUUCCUUGAAGUCACUUGCUGCAAAAUGUUUGCUACAUACUACAGAAUAGUUCGACGUAGAGUUCGGCACCCAGUUCUUACGCGAUAUGACCUUUAGCCACUUGCUUCGUAGCUCGACAUCAGCGGGCACCUCGUGAAACGAGACGCCGGGCUCCUUCUUCUUCGCGCUCGAAGUCCAGAACGGCACGAGGCAGUACCACAUUCUCGCCUUUUUCCCGCGGUAGCAUCCACAAGUGAAAAUAACUUCGUAGAGCAAACACACAGACACGAUUUUUCUGGAUUUAGCACGGCAUACAGACGACACAAACGCUAGUACCCGACGGCCGAAUGUCAAGGAAGGAAGUGUCAGCCUGUGGCGCCCCAUGCGGAGAGUGUUGGCGUAGGUGCGAGGAGGUUUGGGAGAGGGCUGGAACUCGCCGUGAUCGCAAUCCGACAGGCAUUCCACAGUAUAGAGAAGGCGCUCUAUGGGUCCUAUGUUUACCGCCCUUGCUGUCAAAUGUAUAUACCCAAAUGUCAAAGAAUGUAAAUAAAACAGUGUUUUUCGCACA